AUGGCUGAUCUGGUUGAGAAAAUCACAUGGAUUGAAGGGGAGAAUCGUAAAGAUUGUGUCUCGGAUGAGAUCAAGGAGCGCUACCUCGCAUUCGACGGGUCUUGGAAAUAUGAAUUUCCGCAUGUCGGACCGCAAUUCUGGUUAUAUAAAGACCAUCUGGGAAAGAUUAUUCAACGUGAAGAAGCUGAAGCGGCACGGGAGCUGGACAAGCGACGAGAAGUCUAUUUGAAAGACUUCGAAGAGUACGGUUACAGUCGGUACCGGAAAACUUGGCACGAUGUAUUGUGCCGUGCUCAGGGGGUGGAGUCUUUGAGAUUGAUCCAGCAAGGAAAGCUGAGUCACCUGCUCGAGGAAAGUGAGUUCGCUUGUCAUCAUGGGAAGAAGUCUGCCGACCAGGUGUUUACAGUGUUUCACAUUUUUGAUGCUAAUUGGGCAUAUUUCAUCGACUUUCACCAUGAAAAGAUGGAAGUUUGGUCAGAAGGCAUGCUGGUGAGGGAGGUCACGUUUGAUAUGCUUCGAGGCAACCCAGAUUGUAUGCGCGAUUUCAAUUGGUUUAAGAUGCGCGAUACCGAUUGGUAUGAGAUGCCCGAUACCCAUUGGUAUCAUAAGGACGACGAUCGCGACGAGGAUGUCUUCUAA